ACAAGAAGAGGAGGGAGGUGGAGAAGAGGAGGAGGAAGAGGAAGAAGGACAAGAAGAGGAGGGAGGUGGAGAAGAAGAAGGAGAAGAAGAAGAAGAAGAGGCAACCGAGGCUCCAAGCAAUGAGACGGAAACACAGACCAGCUCUACAGAGUCUCCUCUCAGCAAGUGUCAGACUGCGGACAGAGAAAUCAGCUGCAGGGGCGUCGGCAUGAGCGUCCUGCCAAUCAUCCUCAACCCACUCGCCACAAAUCUGGACUUUGCAGAGAACCACAUCAGGAUCAUCAGUCCACAAGAUUUCUCUGGUGUGCCAAACCUGGACACACUGGACCUGAGCGGAAACAAACUCGACGAUGAGUCAUUCAGCCACGGCCCCCUGUCGAACUUGACCUUUCUGAAGAAGCUGAACCUUGACGGCAACCAGCUCACCCGCAUCCCGGCACUGCUGCCGUCUCUGGAGGAGCUCAAGAUGAACAAAAACAACCUCAGCGAACUCGGCCCUCGCUGUUUCAAAGGUUUGAUGAACCUGCUGAAUCUUGAGCUUGGGGAAAACACUCUCCACGAGGACAGUGUGUCACCUCUCGCCUUCAGACCGCUGGAGCGACUUCUUCACCUUCGGAUGGACAACAGCAGCUUUCGUUCCCUCCCACUGGGCCUCCCCCCCUCUCUUCAGGAGCUACAGAUGAAUGGAAAUCUGAUGAAAGAGGUAACAGAGGAGGCACUGAGGGGGCACGUCCAUUUGAAGGUGCUGCGCCUGAGUCACAACCUGCUGCAUGAGCAGGGCAUUGCUACCUACGCCUGGACCCAUCUCAAGUCCCUGGAGGCCUUGGACCUGUCCUACAACAAGUUCACCUCCGUUCCAAUGCAUUUGCCUCGUCGCUUAAAUAAACUGAGCCUCCAACACAACCACAUCAGUCACAUUGCCGCCUUCACCUUCCGUCACAUGCGGUCCAGCCUACAGUCCCUCCGUCUAUCCCACAACGCCUUGAGCGAUGAGGGAAUGGAGCGAGUCUCUUUUGUUGGAACAUACCGCUCACUGGGUGAGCUCCUAUUGGACAACAACCGUCUUGGUGAGGUCCCUCGCUGCAUUCAACAGUUCAAGAACCUGCAGGUGUUGAGACUGGACCACAACCAGAUCAGGCUGGUGAGGCAGUGGGGAGUUUGCCACCCUCGUAGUUCUGGCUCCUCCUUGGCUUCGAUCCACUUGGAAAAUAAUCUGCUGGACGUGGAACGGAUUCCCCCAAAGGCCUUUUCCUGUCUCACUGAUGCUCAGGGACUGAUCCUCUAUCCACAACAGAGGCUCUCACAUGACCAGUAGACCACAGAGGGGGAAAGACUUGCACGGACAGAUACAUGUACCCACAAUAUAUGCAUUGUGCCGUACAGCUAACCAACACUUUCUGUUAUCUUGUUUUUGAUACAUGGUUUACAGACAAAUGGCAUUAUAAUAGUUUGCUUAGUCACUCAGGUUACCAUCCCCAAAGUCGGGUUUUUCUGUCACAUCUCACCUUCUAUUGGGAAAAUGACAGUAAUGUUUUUUUAUGUACAAAAGAAAAUCUGUAAUUUACACAGUUGUGGAAAUAAUCAUUAUGUAAAAUACUCUUGGAAGUAUAACUGGAAAGUACCGUGUGGAGGAAUCCAAAUCUGGUCAAAGCACACUUUCAUUAAAGUAUAAAGUAUUUAAUUGAUACCUUUGAGAGAAUGAAGACGGAACUGGAUUAAAUUGUCUCUAGACUACGUCUGGGGCUUGUGCAUA